UGGGGUUGAUUUUUGUGUGGUGGGUUAUCGAAGAUCCAUGCUAUCUGUGGCAGAGGUGUAGUGGGUUUGGUUUGGUUUUGUCCUCUAGUUCAUGAAUUCAACGCUUUUCUUCCUGGGGUGUAAGGGAGUUGCUGGGAAAUGGAGUUGCUGCUUCGCUAUUAUCUCUUUUCAGAUGAAUGAGUAGCGGCGAGAUUUGUUCAAGAGGUUGUUAAAUUUCUGCUUUGCUACCAUGUUGAGGAUAUUCAAAUCAAGAAGACUCUUGGAAGUAGGGUUUUUUGGAUUUUUACAUGUUGCUAUGCUAUUAGUUACUACUUCAGGGGGGCUGAAUUCCGAGGGUCAAUACCUGCUCCAGCUCAAGAAUAAUCUUCAUGAUAAAUUCAACUAUCUUGGAAACUGGAGGAACACUGAUGGAACACCGUGCGGAUGGAAAGGUGUUAAUUGCACUGCAGGUUAUGAGCCAGUUGUAUGGUCUCUUGAUUUGAGUUUAAUGAAUCUUUCUGGAGUCCUAAGCCCCAGCGUCGGUGGUCUGAUCCACUUGACGUAUCUAGACCUGUCUUACAAUGAGUUGUCUGGGACUAUACCCAAGGAGGUUGAAAAUUGUUCACUUUUGACCUUUGUUUAUUUGAAUAAUAAUCAAUUCAGUGGUCCAAUUCCUGGGGAAUUGGGUCAGCUUUCUUAUUUGAGAAUUUUGAAUAUAUGCAACAACAAAAUCUCUGGUUCUCUUCCUGAGGAACUAGGAAACUUGUCUUCACUUGAUGAGUUAGUGGCAUACACCAACAAUUUGAGUGGCCCCCUGCCACGUUCUAUUGGUAAUCUCCAGAAAUUGAGGAUAUUUCGAGCUGGGCAGAAUGCAAUUUCUGGGAGCAUACCGGCUGAAAUAGGUGGAUGCCAGAGCUUGGAAAUGCUUGGUCUUGCUGAAAACCUUAUUGGAGGGGAGCUGCCUAAGGAAAUUGGGAUGCUUAAGAGUUUGACUGGUCUGAUUUUGUGGAAGAAUCAACUAUCGGGGUUUAUUCCGAAGGAACUUGGGAAUUGUACAAGCCUUGAGACCCUUGCUUUGUAUGCAAAUGGUCUUGUGGGGCAGAUUCCUGCAGCGAUUGGGAACCUCAAGUUCCUGAAGAAGUUGUACCUCUACAGAAACGAAUUAAAUGGAACCAUUCCAAAAGAGAUUGGGAAUUUAUCUCUCACAACUGAAAUUGAUUUCUCAGAGAAUUGUUUGACAGGUGAGAUCCCAGCUGAGCUAAGCAGAAUAAAGGGUCUUCGUUUGCUUUACCUCUUUCAAAACCAGCUUAGAGGUGUCAUACCAAAUGAGCUAUGUACCUUGAGGAACUUGACAAAGCUUGAUCUAUCAAUCAAUUAUCUGACAGGGCCUAUUCCUUAUUGCUUUCAAUAUUUGACUCAAAUGACUCAGUUACAGCUUUUUGAGAAUUCUCUAAGUGGUACUCUUCCUCAGCAGCUUGGACUAUACAGCCCACUUAUGGUGGUUGAUUUUUCAGACAAUCAUCUGACAGGGAAAAUACCUCCUUAUCUUUGUCGACAUUCUAACCUCAUUUUUUUGUCCAUUGGGUCUAAUAAGCUGCAUGGAAAUAUCCCAACUGGGGUAAAGAAUUGCCAAACUUUGUUGCAACUUCAUCUAGUGGGAAACAUGUUCACUGGAAGCUUUCCUUCAGAGCUGUGCAAGCUGGUGAAUCUUUCUGCCAUUGAAUUGGAUCGGAAUAAUUUUACUGGACCUGUUCCUCUGGAGAUUGGAAAUUGCCAAAAGCUUCAAAGGCUCCAUAUUGCGGACAAUUACUUCAUUUCUGAGCUACCUAAGGAAAUAGGUAAUCUGUCUCAAUUGGUGACUUUUAAUGCCUCAUUUAAUUUGCUCACUGGACAGAUUCCACCGCAAAUUUUUAGCUGUAAGAUGCUUCAACGAUUUGAUCUCAGCCAUAACAGCUUCAUAGGUACUUUGCCAGGCGAGCUUGGAACCCUUCGGCAACUGGAGCUUCUCAAGCUUUCAGAAAAUAAAUUUUCUGGAAAUUUACCUGCAGCUUUAGGAAACCUCUCACAUUUGACUGAGCUGCAGAUGGGUGGGAACCUAUUUUCUGGUGAGAUACCCCCAGAGUUGGGUUCUCUUUCAAGCUUGCAGAUUGCAAUGAACCUCAGCAAUAACAAUCUCACUGGAAGCAUACCUCCAGAGCUGGGGAAUCUUAAUUUGCUGGAGUUUCUUCUGCUGAAUAACAAUCAUUUGAGUGGUGAAAUUCCCAGCGCUUUAGAAAACUUGUCAAGUUUAUUGGGUUGCAACUUGUCAUACAAUGACCUAAGUGGGCCUUUACCUGCUAUACCACUGUUUCAGAAAAUGGCUCUUAGUAGCUUUAUUGGAAACAAAGGGCUUUGCGGUAAACCUCUACAAGAUUGCACUAAUGAUCCAUCUUAUUCUGUGCCGCCUUUGGGAAAUAGGAAUGCUCCUCUAGGAAAAAUUGUUGCAGUAGUUAUGACUGCUGUAGGUGGGGUUUCUCUUUUUCUCAUUGUGAUUAUUUUAUAUUUCAUGAGACGUCCAGCUCAAACCGUUACCUCCUCACAAGAUAAGGAGAAAGGUAAGGUGAUAUCUUCUGCUUCAGAUAUUUACUUUCCUCCAAAAGAGGGAUUUAGUUUCCAAGAUCUAAUUGAGGCCACAAAAAAUUUCCAUGAGAACUAUAUUGUUGGGAGGGGAGCUUGUGGAACGGUUUAUAAAGCAGUUAUGCAUUCUGGACAAACCGUCGCUGUUAAAAAGCUUGCAUCCAAUGGGGAAGGAAGCAACAUUGAGAACAGUUUUCGGGCUGAGAUUCUUACUUUAGGAAAGAUCAGACAUAGAAAUAUUGUGAAGCUUUAUGGGUUUUGCUAUCACCGGGGUUCUAAUCUGCUUCUUUAUGAGUACUUAUCAAGGGGUAGCUUGGGGGAGUUGCUUCACAGGGCCUCUUGUAGCUUGGAAUGGCCUACUCGGUUCAUGAUUGCUCUUGGAGCUGCUGAAGGUCUUGCUUAUUUACAUCAUGACUGCAAGCCAAAGAUCAUCCAUCGUGAUAUCAAGUCCAAUAAUAUUUUGAUUGAUGAUAACUUUGAAGCCCAUGUUGGUGAUUUUGGCUUGGCAAAAGUGAUUGACAUGCCUCAGUCUAAGUCAAUGUCAGCAGUUGCUGGAUCAUAUGGAUACAUUGCUCCUGAAUAUGCAUACACCAUGAAGGUUACAGAAAAAUGUGACAUCUAUAGUUAUGGUGUCGUUCUUUUGGAGUUGUUAACUGGAAAGACUCCCGUUCAGCCUUUGGAUCUGGAAGGUGAUCUUGUUACUCUCGUGAGACAUUAUAUUCGGAAAAAUUCAUUGACAGCUGAGGUAUUUGAUGCUCGAUUAAAUCUUGAUGAUCAAAGAACCGUUGAUCACAUGCUUAAUGUCUUAAAAAUUGCGUUAAUGUGCACAAGCAUGUCCCCUUCUGAUCGGCCAUCCAUGAGAGAAGUUGUUUUGAUGCUUAUAGAGUCUAAUAAGCAGGAAGGGAACUUCCUUUCUUCUCCUGCUAAUGAUUUUACCCCAAACGAUAGGUAAUCAACAGACAGCUGACUCUUCCUCAUAUUACUUUCUCAGCAAGAAAUAUAGUGUACCUUCUUUCAUGAACAGCAGGUUAAGUAUAGAGGGUUAAUUGAUUUUCUUCUCAAAAUUGUAGUUCUUUUGCAAUCAAUACGGUAUAGAAACAACAGUGUACGGGUGAUAGUAUCGCCAUACCCAUAUAUACAUUUGCAUCUCAAAGACCCUCGCCUAAAUUUGAAGCCAUUUUAUAAAUCAGUUUGGGACAAUUGUCUGCCUCGUUGAAUUGUAUCUAAUAGAAUGCAUAUUGUGGA